CCUUCAGCAGCGUCCCUAGCCACUUUUGGGGUGUCCAAUCACAGUGAGGUCGGCUAUCGACCGAGUCCCAGUGUUCCAGUCUCCAUCGUUCGUCUGGUCUCGCUCGGUCCAGGUCAGGAACACCCGCAGACGCCCGCACUGCCAGGCAGCGGAGAUAAUGUGAAUGAACAAGAGAAGAUCAUUGAUCUUCCUCAACUCCAUGAGUGA